CUCUCUCUCUCUCUCUGCGUUUUCCCUUCAAAGUUCAGACCAACCAUGGAGGUUGUUGGAGAGCUUCUUCUUUCUGCCGCCUUUCAAGUGCUGUUUGAUAAGUUGGCCUCCUCUGAUUUCCUCAGUUUUGCCCGCCAAGAACACAUUCAUUCUCAACUCAAGAAGUGGGAGACCCAACUCUUCAAUAUUCGUGAAGUGCUCAACGACGCCGAGGAUAAGCAGAUUGCAAGUUCCUCUGUCAAACUCUGGCUUGCUGACCUCAGGAUCUUGGCCUAUGACAUGGAGGACAUCCUCGACGAGUUCAACACCGAAAUGCUGCGACGCAAGCUGGCAGUGCAACCUCAGGCGGCUGCUGCCUCCACGAGCAAGGUAUGGAGUCUCAUCCCUUCUUGCUGUACUAGUUUCACUCCCAGUCAUGUUACUUUUAAUGUUAGCAUGGGGUCCAAGAUCAAGGAUAUCACCAGCCGCUUGGAAGAUAUUUCCACACGCAAAGCCCAACUGGGUUUGGAAAAGGUUGCAGGAACAACAACUACUACUUGGAAAAGAACACCCACCACAUCUUUGUUUAAUGAACCACAAGUUCAUGGAAGAGACGAUGACAAAAACAAGAUCGUAGAUUUGCUGCUCAGUGAUGAAUCUGCUGUUGUCCCCAUCGUUGGUAUGGGCGGGUUGGGUAAAACCACAUUAACCAGACUUGCGUAUAACGAUGAUGCGGUGGUGAAGCAUUUUAGUCCAAGAGCAUGGGUUUGUGUGUCUGUUGAGUCUGAUGUGGAGAAAAUAACAAAGGCUAUUCUCAGCGACAUCUCUCCCCAGAGCAGCGAUUUCAACAAUUUCAAUCGACUCCAAGUUGAAUUAAGCCAAUCAUUAGCUGGAAAAAGGUUUUUGCUUGUCCUGGAUGAUGUUUGGAACAUGAACUAUGAAGAUUGGAAUAACUUGCGAUCCCCUUUCAGGGGAGGGGCUAAAGGAAGUAAAGUCAUAGUAACCACACGUGAUCGAGGAGUGGCAUUAAUAAUGCAACCAUCUGAUAACUACCACCACUCACUUGAGCCUUUAUCAGACGAUGACUGCUGGUCAAUAUUUGUACAACAUGCAUUUGAAAACAGAGACAUCCAAGAACAUCCGAAUUUAAAAUCAAUAGGCAAGAAGAUUGUUGAGAAGUGCCGUGGUUUGCCGUUAGCAGCAAAGGUGCUUGGUGGUAUCUUACGCUCCAAACAGCGAGACAAUGAAUGGGAGCAUAUAUUGAAUAGCAAAAUUUGGACCUUACCAGAUACUGAAUGUGGCAUCAUUCCUGCAUUACGGUUGAGUUAUCAUCAUCUUCCAGCGCAACUAAAAAGAUGCUUUGUUUAUUGCGCAACAUUUCCUCAAGACUACGAAUUUAGGGAAACUGAGCUAGUUUUGUUAUGGAUGGCAGAGGGAUUAAUUCAACCAUUGGAAGGAAAUAAGCAAAUGGAAGAUUUAGGUGGUGAGUACUUUCGUGAAUUGGUGUCGAGGUCAUUUUUCCAACAAUCUGGAAGUGGUGGAUCACAAUUUGUCAUGCACGACCUCAUUAGUGAUCUUGCUCAAUCAGUUGCUGGACAACUAUGUUUCAAUUUGGAGGAUAAGUUGAAGCAUGAUAAGAACCAUACCAUUUUACAAGACACUCGCCAUGUGUCAUAUAAUCGUUGUUAUUUUGGGAUCUUUAAAAAUUUUGAAGCUUUCAAGGAAGUAGAGAAGUUACGAACAUUUAUAGCGUUACCAAUUGAUGAUGUAAGGGGUCACUUAAGUAGUAAGGUGUUUAGUUGCUUGUUCCCCAAAUUAAGAUAUUUAAGAGGGCUAUCUUUGAGUGGGUAUCACAUAAAAGAGUUACCAGACUCAGUCGGAGAUUUAAAGCAUUUACGGUAUCUUAAUUUUUCCAUGACUUCAAUUGAAAGGCUACCAGAAUCGAUAAGUAAGCUCUACAAUUUACAAGCACUAAUAUUGCGUGAAUGUUGGGAUCUUACAAUCUUACCUACGGACAUUGGGAAUUUGGUUAAUCUUCGACAUCUGGAUAUUACCGAUACAAGCAGCUUAAAGAACAUGCCUCCACGCAUAAGUAACUUGGUAAAUUUGCAAACACUAUCAAAAUUUAUCGUGGAGAAAAAUAAUAGCUCAUCAAGUAUAAAAGAAUUGAAGAAGUUGUCGAAUAUUGGAGGGACACUUUCCAUUUUAGGGCUGCAUAAUGUGGCGGAUGCUCAAGAUGCAAUGGAUGUGGAUUUGAAGGGGAAGCAUAAUAUUAAAGAUUUAACAAUGGAAUGGGGCAAUGAUUUUGAUGAUACUCGCAAUGAACAGAAUGAAAUGCAAGUUUUGGAGUUGCUUCAACCCCAUAAAAAUCUGGAAAAACUCACCAUCUCAUUUUAUGGUGGAGGAAUAUUCCCAAGUUGGAUGCGGAACCCUUCAUUCUCACAGAUGGUGCAGUUGUGUCUCAAAGGUUGCAGAAACUGCACACUGUUACCAUCUCUUGGGCAAUUGUCCUCGCUCAAAAACUUGCGCAUUGAAGGAAUGAGUGGAAUAAAAAAUAUAGAUGUUGACUUUUACGGGCAGAAUGUGGAGUCUUUUCAAUCGUUGGAGUCUCUAACCUUUUCGGAUAUGCCAGAGUGGGAAGAAUGGCGUUCUCGCAGUUUCAUUGAUGAAGAAAGAUUAUUUCCUCGCCUCCGUGAGCUUAGGAUGACGCAAUGUCCAAAAUUGGCUGGGAAGUUACCCAGUUCGUUAAGUUCCCUCGUAAAGCUAGAGAUAGUGGAAUGUCCAAAGUUGAUUCCUCCGCUUCCAAAAGUUUUAUCUCUCCAUGAAUUAAACUUAAUAGCAUGUAACGAAGUAGUGUUGGGCAGAAUUGGAGUUGAUUUCAACUCCCUUGCAGCUUUAGAAAUCAGAGAUUGCAAAGAGGUGGGAUGGUUGAGAUUAGAAAAGCUUGGCGGGCUGAAGCGUUUAAGGGUGUGUGGAUGUGAUGGACUCGUAUCCUUGGAGGAGCCAGCUCUACCAUGCAGUCUUGAAUAUCUGGAAAUACGAGGGUGUGAAAAUCUUGAGAAGCUGCCAAAUGAAUUGCAAAGUCUCAGGUCAGCAACUGAGUUAGUAAUCGAAAAGUGUCCGAAGCUUAUGAACAUUCUGGAGAAAGGGUGGCCGCCCAUGCUAAGGAAACUUCGAGUGUAUGAUUGUGAGGGUAUCAAGGCACUACCAGGUGAUUGGAUGAUGAUGAGGAUGGAUGGUGACAACACCAACUCCUCAUGUGUCCUUGAAAGAGUGGCAAUUACGAGUUGUCCAUCUCUCCUUUUCUUUCCAAAAGGUGAAUUACCCACCUCACUUAAACAACUGAUAAUUGAAGAUUGUGAAAAUGUCAAGUCCCUACCGGAGGGUAUUAUGCGCAAUUGCAAUCUCGAGCAGUUAAAUAUCUGGGGAUGUUCAUCUCUGACCUCAUUUCCAAGUGGUGAGUUACCCUCCACCCUUAAGCACCUCGCCAUUUGGAAUUGUGGGAAUCUGGAAUUGCUGCCGGAUCACAUGCCCAACCUCACUUCUCUUGAAGAUCUGUAUAUAAGUGGAUGUCCGAGUCUAGAGUCAUUUCCGGAACGGGGUUUGGGUUUCGCCCCCAACUUGACAAAUGUUGACAUUACCGAUUGUGAGAAUCUGAAGACGCCUCUGUCAGAGUGGGGACUCAACAGGCUCCUCUCUCUCAAAGUACUCACCAUUGCUCCAGGUGGAUAUCAAAAUGUGGUUUCAUUUUCACAUGGUCAUGAUGACUGCCACCUUCGUCUUCCUACAUCUCUCACCAGUCUUCACAUUGGAAAUUUCCAGAAUCUGGAAUCCAUGGCCUCCAUGUCUCUCCCGACCCUCAUUUCCCUUGAAGAUCUUUGUAUCUCGGAUUGUCCAAAGCUCCAGCAGUUUUUGCCGAAGGAAGGGCUGCCAGCAACACUCGGACGGCUUCAGAUCCGGGGUUGUCCUAUCAUAGAAAAGAGGUGCUUAAAGGGCAGAGGAGAAGAUUGGCCCCACAUUGCCCACAUCCCCGCCAUUUAUAUAGGCGACAAUUGAGACCUUCACUCCUUCACUCAAUUUUCUCUCUGCAAAACAAAUGAGAGCAGACGUUAUUCAACCAGGUCUGUCCAAUUGAAUUUGGACUUCAUGUUGGAGACUCUAAGUUUGGAGUGAAUCUUGUGUGGGCACUUGCUAUUUCUCGGUUGUUUUUCUUCUUUACAAAGCAAUGUUUACACUGCGAUGAGUGAAUCAAGGGUAACCCAGUGAGAAUAAGGUGGGCUACUUUUCAUUUGUUUAUUUUAUAUAUUUAAUUAGUUUUGUUUUACUUUUUCCAUAAUGAUCAUCCAAAGUUUCAUCAUUGUGACUCGAGCUAUUUUCUUGAAAACUUGUUGCAGUAGCCUUAUGCUACUGAUGCUAUAGUUUACCAUCGAAGCUAAGAAGUCUUGUGCUAAGUGAUUGUAUUUGAAGGAACCACCUACUGGAAUAAUUUUGUUUCUGGGAUUUGAUGGAAGCUGAUGACUAUUUAUUUAUUGUUCACACUUUUGUGAAUAUCCAAAAAGUCACAUCUUGGCCAUUCAUAUUAUUUUGACUCUGUUUGCUCUGUUUUGAAUACUUGAGAAGGCCACAUAGCAACAGUAGUUAUCCUAAAUACUGACAGAUUAAGUUCUGUUCACUUUUGAUGUUGCUUGCGAGAGUUGAGUUACAAUUGAAUUUUGAAAAUCUUCAAGAUUCUGGUUGCAAGUAAAUAGACUUGUUUUAAGGGAAGUUAUAUGUUACAAAUCGGUACCUUAAAGCGUUUCACCGUCGGGUCUUUAGCAAUGGGAAGUUUAAUUGGGUGCCUCCGUAGACUCUUGCAUCUUAUUGAACCCCAUAUCUGAUGACAAGUACAUGUAGAAGUAGAGCCAUCCAUUCCCUCUCUUGUAUGUAAUCAGGUAUAUUAUUGGCAAUGUACAACUCUUACCUUUUUCAAUAUUAAACUAAUACAUCGGUACAUGUAGGAUUUGCAGAAGGAAAUAAUCUCCUAACAAAAACAUAAUUGUUAAUAACUCAUGUACAUGGUGUGUUUUUCAAUUUGGCUAAUAAAAUGACAUUGUUACUUCCUAAUUCAAUUUCAUUUAAGCUUCAGUCCUUUUUAUGCAGUUUGCUGGCUGGUACAAGUUAGUAGGUUCAAGGACUCUAAAGCAUCUCCCAAGUUCGCAACUCUCUUGAAGUGUUAUAGGUUGAGAAGGAUCCUAAGCUAACAUUCCUUAAUUUGUAGAGGAAGGCCAAAAGACAAUCUUAAAUAUAGGUGCUUUCAAGAGAAAGGAGAAGAUUGUAGUGAUGAUGACCACAUCUGACCACAUCCCCUAUGUAUGCAUUAAGAAUCCUAGUUUCUCUUCAUGGAAGUCUAAGCAGAGAUGAUCUCACAACAUAUAAUUCUUACCUUAUCUGGUAUGAAACUUGCCACUUCUUUCAUAUUCAUUGAAUCCCCUACUGUACAUGAAAGUUGAAAAAGAGGAAAAAGUGGAACCCAGGGCAUCUUUUUCACUUUUGUGUUGAAUCUUGGGCAAUAUUUGUUUAUUGGAAAUAUAUAUUAAUUUAUGUUUCAUCCUGCCAAUAUCUUAUGUAUCCCCUGCAAAGAAAUUGAUGGCGUCCUUGAUGAUAAAGUUUAUUUAUUUAUUUUUUUCUAAUUUUGAAAUUUAUCUGCUUGCAUUUGAUAAUAAGGAAUGCUUUCUAAUUGACUUUGUCUUGUUUGUUAAUAUUGCAAGAAACCUAUCUUAUUUUAUUAUCAAAAUUGAGAAAGAUUUUUCCACCGACUUGAAAAUGUGGCUUGCAGAAAGGGAGGUGGGUAGUGUUGAUUUUCUCAAACUUUUGAAUUAAUCCUGUUUUUCAGCAUUCUGACAAAUUUUGUAAUGCUUUCCAACAGUUUUCAAUGCAUUGUUUUUCAUCUUAUCUGUUUGGGAUUAAUUACAUGACUUUCUUCCCUUUUCUUGUAUCUUGAAGGCUAUGGAUCAGGGAGUCGCUAAGGUUUUUUUAUUUGUUUUAGGAGAAGGUGUUUGUUUGCUCUUAUUCUUCUUAAAUACAUUUUCUUUUAAAUGAUAGUUUACUCGGUCAUCAUUAAAGAAUCCUAUUUCUCUUCACAUAAAUAUUUUCCCUUCUUAUAUUCACCAUUUUGAACACACACGUCCUAUCUUAUCUGUUAUGCCACUUCUUACUUUUCAUGUUCAUCAAAUUCUCCCAUGUAAAUUUAGAAUGAAAAGGAGAAAAAUAGGAAGGUCGAAGAAGUUCAAAAUUUCCUAACCAUGGGCUCAAGAAGUUAUUCCAGGUAAAUUCUUUCAUACACAAUUAAUUUCCUUUACAUGUUUCCAAUGUAUUUAAUCUCAACAAGCAUCCUUAUGGAAACUAUCUUUGUAUGAGCUUCCCUUUUUUCAAACUAAAUAUGUGUGCAACUCCUACUAAACUAAUAACAGUGUGCAACUUCCUUUUUUUUUUUUUUAUUGGGCCUUUUUCAAGUAAUUGUGAACAUUUAUUUGCAAAGUAAUCUGUCCAUGAUAUUAAAUUUUCAAGUGAUUAAUAGAUAGUGCUAAAUUUUGAAAUCACCCUUUCUCUACUUUCUAGGCUAAAAAGCUUGUUUUUGAUGUAGUAUAUCUCUAUUAGCGUCUUAUUCUCAUCUCAUCUUCUCAUUACAUUUUUCUUUCAAGUAUUUGACAAAAUGGUGGGUUUUCAAAAUAGUAUGGGAUUGGCAUUCUCUUUAUAUGGAACGAAUGCCCUUCCUAUAAGGUUUUAUUCCCUUUUUGAUCUCCUACAACAUGCAAAUAAUAAAAUUAUAUGGACUAGAUUCUUUGCCUUUAAUCUCCAUCCUUUUGUUUUUAAUGUUUUCAUACUUCUUCAUCAUUCCCUCUAUAUUUUCACUAAUGCAGGGUGCACCAUACUUACAACUACAAAUUCUUUUGGUGAGAAGCACGAGUAGAACUGUCCAUUCUCACCUUAGAUUCAAGCAGGUGCACCUAUUCAUGAUAUACAACUCUUAUCGUCUUUGGUAUUAGUUUCAGGACUUUGUAUUAAGUAGAAGAUAAUGCAAAUGGAAUCCAAAUUAAAAUCACUUCCAAAGGGCUAACCGCUGAAACAUGAGAAUGUUUUAUCUCAUGCAUCGUUUUAUUGCCAUGACUGGAGUGAAGCCAUAUAUAUGCUGUAAUGGAUGAGGGAUGGAAUACAAUGUAGUGGAAUCUUGCUGAUUUUACCAGAAGAGCAUAUGGAGCUGACUAUGUUGAGACAUCGUGAGUUCAGGUUCAUGCAAAUUGCCUGCUGAGAAGGAUUUAUUUCUCUGACCCCCUUUGCUUCAAAGAACUCCCAUCAGAAUUCGAACUGUAUAUCCCAAUGCAGAAACCAUGAUGGGGUUAGUGGCACAGUAAGCUAAGGGACUAGUGUUGCCCAUGUUUUCAGAACACAGUAUCUUCAAAAUUCGGAAUGUGUUUUUUCACCAAGGGAUGCCAUUUAAUCCUGCUGAGAUGAACACCAUCGUUUCUACUUGCUUGAUACUUGUUUAAAAUAUUACCAUUUUAGGAUUUCAUGAAGUGAAUAUAUCUUAUUUCGUCAAGCUCAUUUUGUGGGUGGAAUGGG